GUGCACGAGGAAGGAGCGGUGCGAGCGCUCCAGCGAGCCUCGGAGAUUCGCCUCGGAGAUGAAGCAGUGUGUCCGGCUUACCGUGCAUCCCAACAACAUCUCCGUCUCCCAGUACAACGUAUUGCUGGUCUUGGAGACCUACAAUGUCCCCGAGCUGUCAGCAGGAGUCAAUUGCACCUUCGAGGACCUUUCGGAGAUGGAUGGCUUGGUGGUGGGCAGUCAGAUCCAAUGCAUCUCGCCAGCUGCCAAAGAGGUGCCCCAGAUCAUCACAGAGAACGGAGACCAUCACAUUGUCCAGCUUCAGCUCAAGUCCAAGGAAACGGGUAUGACCUUUGCCAGCACCAGCUUCGUCUUCUACAACUGCAGCGUUCACAACUCGUGUCUGUCAUGCGUGGAGAGCCCUUACCGGUGUCACUGGUGCAAGUACCGCCAUGUCUGCACUCAUGACCCCAGCUCCUGCUCCUUCCAGGAGGGACGAGUCAAGCUGCCCGAGGACUGUCCCCAGCUGCUGCAGGCAGAGAAGAUCCUGGUGCCGGUGGAAGUGAUCAAGCCGAUCACGCUGAAGGCCAAGAACCUGCCCCAGCCGCAGUCGGGCCAGCGAGGCUACGAGUGCAUCUUGAACAUCCAGGGCAAUGAGCAGCGGGUGCCCGCCUUGAGGUUCAACAGCUCCAGCGUGCAGUGCCAGAACACUUCGUAUUCGUAUGAAGGGAUGGAGAUUAACAGCCUGCCGGUGGAGCUGACGGUUGUGUGGAACGGGAAUUUCAACAUUGACAACCCAGCACAGAACAAAGUUCACCUGUACAAGUGCGGGGCCAUGAGGGACAGCUGCGGACUGUGCCUGAAAGCAGACCCGGACUUCGAGUGCGGUUGGUGCGAGGGACAGAACCAGUGCACGCUGAAGCAGCACUGCCCAGCCCAGGACAGCCAGUGGCUGGAGUUGUCCAGCACCAAGGGCAAAUGCACCAACCCCAAGAUUACAGAUAUCAAUCCAGUGACAGGCCCUCGCGAAGGAGGGACCAAAGUGACCAUCCGUGGGGAGAAUCUGGGACUGGAGUUCAGAGAUAUUGUGUCUCACGUCAAAGUGGCCGGAGUGGAGUGCAAACCGCUGGUGGAAGGGUACAUCCCAGCAGAGCAGAUAGUGUGUGAGAUGGGGGAGGCCAAGCCCAGCCAGCAUGCUGGAUUCGUGGAAAUCUGUGUGGCUGAGUGCAAACCAGAGUUCAUGGCCAGGUCUUCACAGCUCUACUACUUUAUGACUCUGACACUCUCUGAUCUCAAGCCGAAGCGGGGACCAGUGUCAGGUGGCACCCAGGUGACAAUUACGGGCAACAAUCUCAAUGCGGGCAGCAAUGUCAUCGUGACCUUUGGGCGACAACCCUGCCUUUUCUACAGGAGAUCCACCAAGCACAUCGUCUGUAACACCACUGCCUCAGAUGAAGGCUUUGAGAAGGUCAAAGUGUCCGUGAGAGUGGACAAAGCCAAGAUACAUCAGGAGUUGCAGUAUGAAUAUGUAGAGGAUCCAACCAUCCUGAGGAUUGAGCCUGAGUGGAGCAUCUUCAGCGGCAACACACCCAUUGCAGUGUGGGGAACUCACCUAGACCUGAUCCAAAACCCCCAGAUCCGGGCAAAGCAUGGUGGAAGGGAACACGUCAACAACUGUGAGGUGCAGAACAGCACGGAGAUGACCUGCCAGGCUCCAGCACUGGCUGUUGACCCCAAUCACCAGUCUGAGCUUGCUGAACGUCCAGAGGAGUUUGGCUUCAUUCUUGACAAUGUGCAGUCCCUGCUGAUUCUCAACAAAACCAACUUCACCUACUACCCAAACCCAAUCUUUGAGGUUUUCAAUCCCUCAGGGAUCCUGGAGCUGAAGCCGGGAAGUCCCAUCAUACUGAAGGGCAAGAACCUGAUCCCACCAGUGGCGGGAGGGAACGCCAAGCUGAACUACACCGUUCUGGUUGGUGAGAAGCCCUGCGCGGUAACGGUAUCAGAUGUGCAGCUACUGUGCGAGUCCCCAAACCUCAUUGGACGGCACAAGGUGAUGGCUCGUGUAGGAGGGAUGGAGUUCUCCCCAGGGAUGGUCUACAUCUCUCCAGACAGCCCUCUCAGCUUGCCAGCUAUUGUCAGCAUUGCGGUGGCCGGUGGCCUGCUCAUCAUCUUUAUCGUGGCUGUGUUGAUUGCGUACAAGCGCAAAUCCAGAGAAAGUGACCUCACCCUCAAGCGUCUGCAGAUGCAGAUGGACAACCUGGAGUCCAGGGUGGCACUGGAGUGCAAAGAAGCCUUUGCAGAGCUACAGACGGAUAUUCAUGAGCUGACAAGUGAUCUGGAUGGAGCCGGGAUCCCCUUCCUCGAUUACCGAACAUAUACCAUGAGGGUGCUUUUCCCUGGCAUUGAAGAUCAUCCAGUCCUGAGGGAUCUGGAGGUCCCUGGCUAUAGGCAGGAACGGGUGGAGAAAGGCCUGAAGCUCUUUGCCCAGCUCAUCAACAACAAGGUUUUCCUGCUGUCCUUCAUCCGCACGCUGGAGUCCCAGCGCAGCUUCUCCAUGCGGGACCGUGGUAAUGUGGCCUCACUAAUCAUGACGGUGCUACAGAGCAAGCUAGAGUACGCUACUGAUGUCCUCAAACAGCUCUUGGCCGACCUCAUAGACAAAAACCUGGAGAGCAAGAACCACCCCAAGCUGCUGCUCCGGAGGACAGAGUCUGUGGCUGAGAAAAUGCUCACCAACUGGUUCACCUUCCUUCUGUACAAGUUCCUCAAGGAGUGUGCUGGUGAACCUCUGUUCUCCCUUUUCUGUGCCAUCAAGCAGCAGAUGGAAAAGGGUCCCAUUGACUCGAUCACUGGGGAGGCCCGGUACUCGCUGAGUGAGGACAAGCUUAUCCGACAACAGAUUGAUUACAAGACACUGGUCCUGAGCUGCGUCAACCCCGACAACGUGAACAGCCCCGAGAUCCCAGUGAAGAUCCUGAAUUGUGACACCAUCACGCAGGUCAAGGAGAAAAUCCUCGAUGCUAUCUUCAAGAACGUGCCCUGCUCCCACCGGCCCAAAGCUGCUGAUAUGGACUUGGAGUGGCGGCAAGCAAGCGGGGCAAGGAUGAUCCUUCAGGAUGAAGACAUCACAACCAAGAUAGAGAAUGACUGGAAGAGACUCAACACGCUGGCACACUAUCAGGUGCCAGAUGGAUCUGUGGUAGCUUUAGUCUCCAAGCAAGUCACUGCCUACAAUGCAGUCAACAACUCCACGGUCUCCCGGACCUCAGCCAGCAAGUACGAAAAUAUGAUCCGUUACACAGGCAGCCCGGAUAGCCUCCGUUCCCGCACCCCCAUGAUCACCCCUGACCUUGAGAGUGGAGUCAAGAUGUGGCACUUGGUGAAGAACCAUGAGCAUGGUGACCAAAAAGAGGGUGACCGGGGCAGCAAGAUGGUUUCUGAGAUCUACCUGACGAGACUACUUGCCACCAAGGGCACCCUCCAGAAAUUUGUAGACGACCUCUUUGAGACCAUCUUCAGCACUGCUCACCGUGGCAGUGCGCUUCCCCUGGCUAUCAAAUACAUGUUCGACUUCCUGGAUGAGCAGGCUGACAAGCACAAUAUCCAUGACCCCCACGUGCGGCACACCUGGAAGAGCAAUUGCCUGCCGUUACGGUUCUGGGUUAACAUGAUCAAGAACCCGCAGUUCGUCUUUGACAUCCACAAGAACAGCAUCACAGAUGCCUGCCUCUCCGUAGUGGCUCAGACUUUCAUGGACUCCUGUUCGACCUCAGAGCACCGUCUGGGCAAAGACUCACCCUCCAACAAGCUUCUCUACGCCAAGGACAUCCCCAGCUACAAGAACUGGGUGGAAAGGUACUAUUCAGACAUCACCAAAAUGCCAGCAAUCAGUGACCAGGACAUGAAUGCGUACUUGGCUGAGCAGUCUCGCAUGCAUAUGAAUGAGUUCAACACUAUGAGCGCGCUCUCAGAGAUAUACUCCUACGUUGGCAAGUACAGCGAGGAGAUUCUCGGAGCCCUUGAUCAAGACGACCAGGCUGGGAAACAGAAACUUGCCUACAAACUUGAACAAGUCAUAACCCUUAUGAGCAUAGACAGCUGA